UCAACGAACGCCAACCACUUCCGCGUUACAUUCAUAUUAUGAACGAGCGAUGACAGGCGGCGCUUUCCGCCGCAAAACAUGCCUUCGCAUCGGCAUGGAUUAGUUUUCGGUUUUGUUUUAGUUAGUUCUUUGUGUCCGGUGGGUUUAUAAAAAAGUUUGCCACAACUUGGGAUGGCCACAGCGGCGGCCGCAGCCCCGGAGGAGCCGCAGAGCCUCCCUGGAACUUCCGCUGAGGCCGCAAAAGAGAUUCCAAGCAGUAGCCCAGCUCCAGUUGUAAAGAAAACCAUUGGCCACCGCGGAGUGGAUCAGACCGGGGAGACAGUUUACAAAAAGACUCCGUCGUGGGCGCUGCAAGGCGCCAUCCAGUUGGGAAUCACGCACACGGUUUGCAGCUUGGUACAGAAAACUGAGCGAGAUGUGUUGCUGCAGGACUUCGAAGAGGUGGAGAGCAUCUUCUUCCCUGGUGAAGGUAGCAGCCACACGCCAGCGCACCAUUACGGAGAUUUCCGGUUCAAGACUUAUGCGCCCAUCGCGUUUCGCUACUUCAGAGAUAUGUUUUGCAUCCAGCCUGAUGACUACAUGUGUUCUCUGUGUAGCGAGGACCUCAUCGAGCUGUCCAACCCGGGAGCCAGCGGCUCGCUUUUCUACCUCUCCAAUGACGACCAGUUCAUAAUCAAAACAGUGCAACGCAAGGAAGCCGAAUUUUUGCAAAAGCUGCUUCCUGGUUACUUCAUGAACUUGAACCAGAACAAACGGACCCUUCUACCCAAGUUCUACGGUCUCUACUGCAUCCAAGCGAAUGGCAAGAACAUCCGCAUUGUUGUCAUGAACAACCUGCUGCCCUCUACGGUUCAGCUGCACCUCAAGUUCGACCUGAAGGGCUCAACGUAUAACCGUCGGGCCUCUAGUAAGGAGCGGGCCAAAAAGUUGCCAACCUACAAGGACCUGGACUUUCUUCAGGACAUGCCGGACGGGAUGCUGCUUGACGCUGACAUGUACAGUGCCUUCUGCAAGACCGUUCAGCGGGACUGUCUGGUGCUGCAGAGUUUCAAGAUCAUGGACUACAGUCUUCUGCUCGGGAUUCAUGAGGUGGAUCGAGCCGGGGAAGAGACUGCGCAGACAGAGCAGGCAGCGGAAAGGAGGAAGCCGCAAAACCAGAAGUUCCUGUACAGCACGCCCAUGGAGGCAAUACAGGCGAAAGCCAGGGACGCAGGCUCACCUGGAAGCCACGACCCCACGGGAGGAAUUCCAGCCAGAAAUUCCAAAGGGCAAAGACUGCUGAUAUAUAUUGGCAUCAUUGACAUUCUGCAGUCUUACAGAUUCAUCAAGAUGCUGGAGCACACGUGGAAAUCUCUGGUUCAAGACGGGGAUACAGUGUCUGUGCAUAGACCGGAUUUCUACGCCGACCGAUUCCAAAAGUUCAUGUGCAACACAGUUUUCAAAAAAGCCCAAUUGAAAACUUCACCCUCCAAGAGGCGCCACAGUACUCUAAGGAAAUCCGACAGUGCCGUAGCUCAGUCGGCGGAACAAAACAGCAACCAGAAUCAUAAUCAGAAUCCAGAGCCCGUUGCAAAGGCCGAUAAAACCUCAGAGGACAAAGAGGAUGCAGGGAAAGAUAAUGGAAUUCAGGAAAAGACGAAAUCUGAAGUGGUAAAUGGAAACACUGGAUGACAACACGUCAAUGAAGUGGAGCUAAAAAUACUGCCUUUGAUUCCAUACAAUAGACAUCUCGUUGGGAACACAUUAACAUGCAGCCAAAUAUGUUUUUUUAACCUCCAUUUAGCGUUUAUUUAGUCUAAUUUAAGGAUUUACUUCAUAGUUUUGGAAGGAGAAAUCCUUUGUCUUCAGAGGAUGAAGUGCCAAGACACAAAGCCAUCAAAAAUGAUCUGUACCUUGAAAAUAAUGUGUGCCAUUUUCCCAUUUCUGUUGUUUGUCGCUUUAUUUCCAGUGUUUACAAUUGUAAUACUCUGGUUUUACACAGUGUACUGUACAAACAGUAACAACGAGAUUGAGUUAUUUAUGAGUUUUACAAUGCAAUAUUUUGCAUAUUUACAGGAUUUGGAAAGGGUGCAAUACAUUCAGUUGAGAUUUAGAGUAUUAAACACCUGGGAUGAUUCGCAAUUUAUCCUUUAGAACUACCUUAAGGACCAAAAAGGUUAAUGUAUAUUUGUUACAGUGUAUUACUGUAUGCCUUUUUUUUUUUUUUUUGCAUUUUAAUCAUGUUUUUGUAAAUAAAAAAUGUUUUUAUUGCGA